UUCCCCUUUCUCAUUUGCCCUUGUCCUGUCAUCUCUCACCUAGCUCUGGCGGUGCGGUCCAACCGGUCACACCCCUUCCCACCCCCUCCAGUCCCCUUGCUGAGCCAUCUUUUUAAAAUGCAAAUCUGUUAUUGUCACUCCCUACUUAAACCCUCUGUGGCUUCCUGUGCCCUCAGGCUAAAGCCUGCCCUGUCACCCCUGGCGUCCUGCAGCCCCCUCUCAGGCCUCCCCUCCCCCCUCACUACUCUGCCUCUCUCAGCUCAAAUCCCUUACACUGCUCUGCCCCCUCUCUGGAACUCUUCCUACUUCCCUUCCUCCGAGAGACCUGUCUUCACUGCCAGCUGUACCCCUCCUGCCCCACCCCUCCCACCCUCCAUCCCAGUACUCAACACUGGUUUGUAACUCUGAUUAUACUCCUUCCCACUAAACUCAAAGCUCAAGGGGGCAGCACCAGUGUCUGACUUGCUCCCUGUGUGUCCAAGUGCCUGACACAGUGCUUGGCAUGACAUAGGAGCUCGAUAAGUAUUUGUUGAAUGAAUGAAUGAAUGAAUGAAUGAAUGAUGAGAGUGAAGGAGGCCUUGCUUAGGUGCAGGAAGCAGUCACUGUCAGGUGCAAUUUCCCUUCUGCAGAAGCAAUUGCCUCACAUAGCCAGCAAACAUUUGGCACCUACCCAGUGCCAGGCCCUGGAGGCCAAGGCUGAGGAACUGUCCCCUCCCCCAGGAUCACUUUCAGAGGGAUGGGUGGGGGAGGGGUGUGUCUGUGCUCUCUGGGCUGCCUAGGCUGUUUUUCCAGCCAAUCCCAGUGGGGGCUGGAGGUGCUCAGAGAUGCCCUCCCCUUCUCCCAGGAAGUAGCUCCUGAGGGCCUGGGGUCAUGUGACCCCAGGUGUUAGCGGGGAACUGACCCAGCCAGGCUAAGGCCUGGGGCUCUGAGGUUAAAGCACGCAUUCUUCAGAUUCCUGGAGGAGGAUGGAGGCAGCUUAAGGUGCCCCUUCCCCAUACCAGCCCUGGCUGGGGGCUGGGGCACUGGGACUGCUGAAGUGCUCAGAGGAGUUGGUGUGACUUUUCAGAGGCCUGGAGAUAUUCCUUCCCCCCGCAAAACAGCCUUUGUUUGCUUGGUGUCCAGGGCUGUCUGUGCCCAGACUCCGGAGCACCCCCUGCGCCACCAUGACUGGGCUGCUGAAGAGGAAGUUUGACCAGCUGGAUGAGGACAACUCCUCGCUCUGCUCCUCCUCCUCCUCUGUGUCCUCCUCGGGCCGCCACUCCCGCUCCUGCUCCCCAAGCUCUUCAGUUUCCCCGGCCUGGGACUCGGACGAGGAGGGUCCCUGGGAUCAGAUGCCCCUGCCUGACCGUGACUUCUGUGGCCCCCGAAGUUUCACCCCCCUGUCUAUCCUGAAGCGGGCUCCCCGGAAGCGCCCAGGCCGCGUGGCCUUCGAUGGCAUCACCGUCUUCUACUUUCCUCGGUGCCAGGGCUUCACCAGCGUGCCCAGCCGUGGCGGCUGCACUCUGGGUAUGGCCCCUCGCCACAGUGCCUGCCGCCGCUUCUCCUUGGCUGAGUUUACACAGGAGCAAGCCCGGGCCCGGCACGAGAAGCUCCGCCUGCGCUUGAAGGAGGAGAAGCUGGAGGUGCUGCAGUGGAAGCUUGCAGAGGCUGGGGUGCCUGAGACGGAGGCCAGCCCGCCACUUACCGUGGACGCCAUUGAUGAUGCCUCUGUGGAGGAGGACUUGGCAGUGGCCGUGGCAGGCGGCCGGUUGGAGGAGAUAUCCUUCCUACAGCCCUAUCCAGCCCGGCAACGGCGGGCUCUGCUGCGGGCUGCCGGUGUGCGGAGAAUCGAUCGUGAGGAGAAGCGGGAGCUGCAGGCUCUGCGCCAAUCCCGAGAGGACUGUGGCUGUCGCUGCGAUAGGGUCUGCGACCCUGAGACCUGCAGCUGCAGCCUGGCGGGCAUCAAGUGCCAGAUGGACCACACAGCAUUCCCCUGUGGCUGCUGCAGGGAGGGCUGUGAGAACCCCAAGGGCCGUGUGGAAUUUAAUCAGGCACGAGUUCAGACCCAUUUCAUCCACACACUCACCCGCCUGCAGCUGGAGAAGGGGGCUGAGAGCCUUGGGGAGCUGGAGCCUCCUGCCCAGGGUGGCCCACCCAGCCCUGGUGAGCAGGUCUUGGCCCCCACUUUCCCACUGGCCAAGCCCCCUGUGAGCAGCGAGCUGGGAGACAACAGCUGCAGCAGCGACAUGACCGAUUCCUCCACUGCAUCAGGCACCAGUGAGGCCCCUGACGGCUGCACCCACCCGGCCCUGCCUGGUCCUGGCUUCCCUCCUAGUGUGGAUGAUGAUAGCCUGGUUCGGAUCUUGAGUUUCAGUGACUCUGACCUGGGCGGAGAGGAGGAGGAGGAAGAAGAAGGGGGUGUGGGGAGCCUCGACAACCUCAGCUGCUUCCACCCAGCUGACAUCUUCGGUACUGGUGACCCUGCUGGCAUGGCCAGCUGGACCCACAGCUAUUACAGUUCUAACCUCACAUCAAGCAUCCUGGAUGAAAACGCCAACCUGGAUGCCAGCUGCUUCCUAAACAGUGGCCUUGAAGGGUUGGGAGAAGGCAGCCUCCCUGGCACCUCAGGGCUGCCCAGCAUGGACGCCGGCCAGAGCAGCUCAGUGGACCUCAGCUUGUCUUCCUGCGACUCCUUUGAGCUGCUCCAGGCCCUGCCAGACUACAGUCUGGGGCCUCACUACACCUCCCGGAAGGUGUCUGACAGCCUGGACAACCUUGAGGCACCCCACUUCCUCUUGCCUGCCUUUUCUCCGCCUGGGGAUGCCAGCGCUUGCUUCCUGGAGUCCCUCGUGGGCUUGUCCGAGCCAGCUGCCGAGGCCCUGGUGCCCUUCAUGGACAGCCAGUUGUUCGAGGAUGCUGCCCCAGCGUCUCUGGUGGAGCCUGUGCCUGUGUGAGGACUGAAGUGCCUUUCUCCGGCCCCAGGAGCCCUGUUGCUGCUUUGUUGUAAUUUGGGGGCUUCCUGAGGUCUGUCUGGAACGGUCUCCCGUGGGCUGGCUCACCCACGUGGGCACUCCUAAUUUUCAGGCAACACUCUGGAUUGAUUUAUUUAUUUUUGUCAUUUUCUGUGCUAAGAGGGGGUGGGGAGGGGGCUUCCUCUUUCAGCUGCCCAGCCCCCGCACCCUCUGCCCCCACAGUCCCUUCCGCUUGCACGGCGCCGUGCCAGGAAGCGGAGGGAAUGUGGCUCCUCUGGAGCUUUGCAGACCCCUUUUCAGUCUUGUAUGAUGUUCCUUGGCCCAAAGACAGCGAGACAGGGCUGAAAUCAGCCACUUCUUAUGGCUUCUCCUGCCACCGUGAGCCGUAGACCCAUGGGUGGCUGAAUCCUCUGGACUGUGAAGACUAUAAUUUAUUUCCAUAAUUUAUUUGGAGACUAAGUGGCUUAGGCUUCUCCUCUUUGGCUGGUGGGCAGUGCUGGGGUCGGGUGGGGUGCAGACCCCUCUGAGUCCCUUUUGCCUUAUAGUCCUGCAGCCCUGCCUGUCUGGUCUUUGGUGUAGACCAGACAGGGUGUGGAUCUGAGCCCUAUGUCGACUAUGGCAGCUGCCUGGCUCUGGAUGGCUGAGCAGGGAGGGGCUGCCCGGGACAGCGUCUGGGCAGGGGGAGGGGCUGGGCUGACCAACCAUGACCAAAACCCUGUUCUGCCCCACACAGCCCUCUCUGCUUCCUGUCCUCUGCCCCAUCUUCCCCGUUCCCAAAGGUCACAGCCUUUAUUCGGCCCUUUAAUGUAGGAGGGGGAAGCAGGAGGCCCAAAGAGGGCCAGGGGUUUGCCUCAGGGCCUGCAGCAUGCCCCUGACUACUAUCUCAGGGCUUUCUGGGCACUGCACUCCAGCCUGGUCCACCUGCCCAUGCCCUAAGGCCAGCUGGCCAGGGACAAGGGGUGGCUCCUUAUGGCUUUUAUGCCCUUCGUUUGCUGAUGUUGAAUUCCGCAUCAUAAUUUCUAUAUUGUCCCUGAGUAUUAGAACUAUAAUUUAUUCAUUUUUCUCUGUGUCUGUGCCAAGAAGCCCAGGCUCCGGGCCUUCCCUCUUACCCAGGAGGCCUUGCCAGCCUGCGUGCUUGUGGGAACACUUUGUACCUGAGCUUACAGGUACCAAUAAAGAGGCUCUAUUUUUAA